UAUUUGCUAACACAGUAUAAAUACAGUAGCUCCCUUCAGUAAGAAUGUACGUACUAGCUAGAUACAAGAGGCGCUAGAAUUUGAUAGUUAGGUCCCGGAUAUGUCGUCAUUUAUCACACACCUCCGGGAUCUCGUCACUGUGUCAACGCGCGUUUCUAGGCGGCCGAUAAAUAGCCUGCGGUCACCUCUCUUGUCGGAUCGUCCCCCCAGUCCGACAUGGACAAGGCGUCAACCCAACGUUUCACAUGCGCCUCGACGACAUCCCUCGUCCUACCGCCUUGUCCUCGCGACGACGGCCCCCCUCUCGGGGAUCGACACUUGCGGCCGUCGUCCGGCGACAUCCAUGCGACGUCAGUAACGAGUUUACCGCCUCUAACUGAUCCGAUUUGCGAGAAGAAGUCAAAGAAAUGGAGGGGGAACGUAUUGUCGCGCGUCAAGCCGCUGAACGAGGCCGCAGAGAAGAGGCGUUUCAUGCAGGACUUCUCUUACAAUCCACAGUUCGUCUACAAGCGUCGUCUGCCGCGUUCUGUGCGCGAGCGCUACAAUCGGCCGUCGGACGGGCUGCUGGACUUGUCGGUGAGAAUCGUGAGGAACGUGUUGAGGAGAUACGGGACAUUCGAGGUGCACGAGGAGAGAAACGGCGGGAGGGUGUUGACGGACGCGGAAUGCCUGGCGACGGCGAGAAAGUAUCUGAGACAGAAUGGCAUUUCAGAUGUUAGAGUUGUUGUUUCGAGAGGGUUGGUUCCGUUUGCUCAGAUGACGCAUGACAAACGUGGAAACACUGUUUUGGAGAUGAAGUCAGGAGUGAUACGUGAACAUCGGAUCCAAGGGUUAUUGAACCACGAAAUAGGCACUCAUUACCUUCGAGGCAGAAACGACAAACUGCAACCCUGGGGUUCAAAGAUGGGAAAACGUCUCUAUGGGCUUCGGGAUAAGAACCCAACUGAAGAGGGUCUGGCUAGUCUCCACACUGUUUUGUUACGGUCUGAAGGGCAGUACCUGUUUCACUCGGCUUUGCUCUAUUAUUCUGCUUGUAUGGCACGGGAUCUGUCGUUCAGUGAACUUUUUCAUAACUUAGGCGAGUUUGUCGGGUCGCACGAUUCACGGUGGGAUUAUUGUAUGAGAGUGAAGCGAGGAAUGACCGACACGUCGAAGCCAGGCUGUUUCUCUAAAGACCAAGUAUAUCUAAAAGGUUCACUUCAGCUGCUAAAGCAUCGUCAUUCAAUUGACUUCUCUGCACUCUAUCUUGGCAAACUGGCAUGGGAGGAUGUCGAACGGCUCAAGCCGAUUGCAAAGAAAGGGAGGGUCAUCUUACCAGCAUUUCUCGCUUCCGAGAGUGACUACCAGUCAAAACUAGAUGAGAUUUUAAAGAUAAACAGACUUAGUGAUGAGAUGUUGGCUCUUCUUGAUUUGUAGAGUUUUAUUAGCGUUAAGACAUAAUGGUGGUGCUUGUGCUUGUAGAUGAAGAAGACAGUUGAUUUAGGUUUUUGAGUAAUUCCGUUCUAUGUGCUAUUGAGAUGCCGAUGGAUGAGAUUUUAGAAAGUUAUAAUAAAGUGAAGGAUGUAUUUGUUGUGUUGGA